AUGUCUGCCGUCCAACCGGUUGCCGUUUAUGCCCUCCGGGUCCCUCCCGGUGUUAUGGUGCCUGCUGUGCCUAAUGCCGCUGCCUCGUUCCGUGUGAGCAUGGCUGCCAUCGACCCCGAUGAGGAGCCCGAGUUCGAUGAAGGCGACUCCAGCAAGCCUGGUCGCGCAACCUUGAAGAUCGUUCGCCCUCCUCCCGGUCUCGACAUGGGCGAUUCCGAUGACGAGGACUACAGCGACGAUGAGGAGUAUGAUGAUGAAGAGGAGGACUCUGACGACGAGGAAGUCAACGGUGGCCCCAGCGACAAGGAGAAGGCCCGCAAGCUCAAGCAGGCCGCCGCCAAGAAGGAACUCGAGGAGGCCAUGGCGGAGGAUGAUGAUGAUGAGGACGAUGACGAGGAUGGUGGCUUCGACCUCAAGGCUGCUAUUUCAAAGCUGAUCAAGGGCAAGGGUCCUCUCACUGAUGACGAUGAGGACGAGGAUGAUGAGUCUGAUGAGGGCCUGGACCUUGAUGAGAACGUCAUCUGCACCCUGUUCGCUGACAAGAGCUGCCAGCAACCUCUUGACAUCGUUGUCUGUGAGGGCGAGCCUGUCUUCUUCAAGAACACCGGUAACCAGACCGUUUUCCUCACUGGUAACUACGUCAUUGGCCUCGAUGAGGGUCACGACCAUGACCACGAUGAUGAGGACGAUGAGGAUGACUACGAUCUCUCUCCCGAUGAGGAUGAGCUUGACAUGGACGAGCUGAUGGCCAUGGAUGACGACGAGAGCGACGACCUGGAUGGUAUGGAGGACCCCCGUAUCACCGAGGUCGACAGUGAGGAGGAGGCCCCCAAGUUGGUUGAGGCCAAGACCAAGGGCAAGAAGCGUGCUGCUGAGGAGGAGAGCCUCGAUGAGAUGAUGGCCAAGGGUGCCAAGGGCAAGGCCGCUAAGGAGGAGCCCGCUCUGACCAAGGCCCAGCAGAAGAAGCUGAAGAAGAACAACGGUGAUGCCGCCGCUGUUGAGCCCAAGAAGGAGACCAAGGCCGACAAGAAGGUUCAGUUCGCCAAAAACCUGGAGCAGGGCCCUACCCCCAACGGUGACAAGCCCACUGGCACCCUCGGCGUCAAGGAGGUCAAGGGCGUCAAGAUCGAUGACAAGAAGCUCGGCAAGGGUGUCGCUGCCAAGAGCGGCAACACCAUCUCCAUGCGCUACAUCGGCAAGCUCGAGGACGGCAAGGUCUUCGACUCCAACAAGAAGGGCAAGCCCUUCACUUUCAAGCUUGGCAAGGGAGAGGUCAUCAAGGGCUGGGAUAUCGGUGUCGCCGGUAUGGCCCCCGGUGGUGAGCGUCGUAUCACCAUCCCUCCUCACCUCGCCUACGGCAAGAAGGCCCUCCCCGGCAUUCCCGCCAACUCCAAGUUGAUCUUCGAUGUCAAGCUGCUUGAGAUCAAGUAA